AAGCUACCGGAACCCCCUAUUCCGAAUCACAUAUUCUAUCGAUUUCGCGUCGCGACGAAUCACCGAGAAAAACAUGAAAAGUAUCGCCGUUUUCGCUUUUAUUUCGUUGCUCGUGCUCCACUCAGCAUCCGCUAAUCCUGUGGACGGCAGGAAUUUCUAUGAGGCGUACGACAACAACCACGUGGGCCACAUCAACAGCGAAUUUAACGUGGUACUGUUCGACGAGUUCCUCGAGAAUAAAGCGCAGGAUGCCGGUACUCGAGUCGUUGAAGAUGUCGAAGAGAUUCCCAAGACCAGCAGGGAGCCCGAUGAGCGGCCGACAAAGUCGCUUUGUAUCGGUUCAGUGACUAUGAUGGCUUUGUGCUAUUGAUCCUCAUAUUCGUGAUUUUGGUACAAAAAUGUUUUUUAUUUUAAGUAUUAAUUUAUUUAUAAUGUUAGUGUAGUACUUACUUACUAUUUAUGGAUCUAAUUGAGAGAGUGUAUUAACAAUUUCUAAGACUGUAUAAUUUUUUAGAUUUGUAGAUUUAGGUAUAUUAUAUUUACAGUUUUUUUUAUAAAAGUAUCUAAAUAUGUAAAAUUAA